GUCGAAAGAAAGAUGUUCGGAGCUCGUCUUGUAACCUCCCCCAAAUGCCAAGAUGGAUGUAUGUACAUCAUUUAGUCUGCACGCUGUGGUACCCUAUUUUCUCUUUCUUUUCGUACUCCAGCAUACUUGGAUCGAACCCGGACGUCGUCCACACUAUGGAUCUGAGAAUUUUCUUAUUAUCUCCGACCAGGGUCGUUUCUCGUCCCUUCUUAACUUCAGCAGAAGACCCUCCUCUUUCGUAGGCCGUAGCAGACCCUUCCCGGACUACUGUUGGGCUUCGCCGCGAUCAUACUGAGAUUCCGAGGUUCGAUGGAGCUUUGACGAGCGACUGGUCGGCUGUACAUCUUUACAUGUUGUCGGUGUCAUAUAUUUAUAACGCCAGCUGGGGGCUUCCUGCGGUGAGGUUUGAGAAUAGCCUUCAGAGCAUAGCGACUGACUAGGUGGCAUCUCAGAAGGUGACAGUAUAGUCGAACUGUUAGCAAGUAUGGCCAGUUCCCUCCCCACACAAAUGCCGACGUCCUGAAGAAGGCUGGUGCCUACGAGGAUUCUAUUCCUCCCACCAUUCCUGUAUUCUCGAGAACGUCAUGGCCGGUAUUGGCGUUGGCAAGCUCAAAUAAAAGACUUGCAGAGAUUUAUUGCCCGGAGACGUUUAUUCGGGGCGGUAAUUCACUUCGAUGUUCCCCUUAAGAAAAUGGAAGGCAGGGCGGCAUUAGUCAUCUAUUGGUGCCUGAGUCAUGCUCGGCCUCGGGCUCGGGGUCUGCUGACCAACAUGACAUCACGAUUAUCCCUUGCUAGGGUUGAAUGUCUG